AUGGUGUCCUGGCCCAACAACUCAAUCGACCCGGGCUCCAUGCAGCUUGAUGGGAUUGAGCGACCACCGCCUAGACCAAAGGUGUUGGAUGACCCCGAAUUCAAGGGAUUCGGUAUAACAGAGGAUGUUGGGUGCCACCAUGGCCUGUUCGCCCGGCGAACGGUUUCUUACGAAGGAACUAACAUAGGGAGGAGAUUCUUCGCAUGCGGUGCCCCUGAGGAACAAGGAGGGGAUUGCGGAUUCCGUGAAUGGGUGGACCCUGAAUGGCCUCCGAUUAUGAAAAGAUCUUUGGCGCAGUUGUGGGGGGAGGUAGAAAGCCUGGAAGAUUCAUUCGAAUCAAAGCAGAUGAAGCUUUCUAUAGAUCUUGAUAACCUGCAUGCAGAGAAUAGAGAAGAGAAGAAGAUGAUGCGGACUUUAGCUGAGAACACCGCUCUGAAGGAGAAAGCGAUGGCGGAGAACGAGAGGAAGACGAAAGAUAAACUGAAGUCCAAUGGAAGCAACUUUACGGACUGGUUCCGGAAUGUGAGGAUUAUCCUCGAAGCUGCCAAAAAGGCUUAUGUUUUUGAUGCAGCGCUUGGUGCAGAACCCGCACUCCAAAAGCGUUUUGAGCACCACUCGGCAUAUGCUAUGAUUGGGGAACUGAAUACUUUAUUUCAGACCCAAGCCCGUGCGGAGAGGUAUGAUGCCUCCGAAAGGUUCUUUAACUGCAAGAUGGAGGAGAACAGCUCCGUUAGCGAGCACGUGCUCAGAAUGUCUGGGUACGCCGACCGCCUGAGACAACUGGGAAUUGAGAUUCCUAAUGAAUUAGGCAUUGACCGGGUUCUUCAGUCACUACCACCUAGCUAUAAAAGUUUUGUGGUGAACUACAAUAUGCAAGGGAUGGAUAGGACACUUCCUCAGCUCCUCGCGAUGUUAAAAACCGCGGAGGUGGAAAUAAAAAAGGAGCAUCAAGUGUUGAUGGUCAAUAAGACCACCAGUUUCAAGAAGGCAAAGGGUAAGAAGGGAAAUUUCAAGAAGGGUGGCAAAACUGUUGCCACUCCCGCGAAGAAGCCCAAAUCUGGACCUAAGCCGGAUACUGAGUGCUUCUACUGCAAGGGGACUGGCCACUGGAAGCGUAACUGCCCCAAGUACUUGGCAGAUAAGAAGGCUGGCAACGUCAAAGGUGAAUAUUUGAGUUACGAGUUUGGCACGCAUUUAAGACAAUGUGGAAUUGUUUCACAACUUACGCCGCCUGGAACACCACAACGCAAUGGUGUGUACGAACGUCGUAAUCGUACUUUAUUGGAUAUGGUACGGUCUAUGAUGUCUCUUACUGAUUUGCCACUGUCGUUUUGGGGUUAUGCAUUAGAGACAGCCGCAUUCACUUUAAAUAGGGCACCAUCUAAAUCCGUUGAAACGACACCGUAUGAAUUAUGGUUUGGCAAGAAACCUAAGCUGUCCUUUCUUAAAGUUUGGGGAUGCGAAGCUUAUGUAAAAAGGCUACAACCUGAUAAGCUCGAACCCAAGUCGGAAAAAUGCGUCUUCAUAGGAUACCCUAAAGAAACAAUUGGGUACACCUUCUAUCACAGAUCCGAAGGAAAAGUGUUUGUCGCUAAGAACGGGUCCUUUCUAGAGAAGGAGUUUCUCUCGAAAGAAGUGAGUGGGAGGAAGGUAGAGCUCGAUGAGGUUAUUGAACCUUCUCUCGAAUUUGAGUGUAGCGCAGCACCAGAAACUGUUCCCGUGCAUCCUGCAUCAGCUAGAGAGGAAGCUAAUGAUAAUGAUCAUGAAGUUUUGAAUGAGACAACUACUGAACUUCGCAGGUCGACGAGAACACGUAAUACUCCUGAGUGGUACAAUGUUCGUGUCAUGAAUGUCAUGUUGUUGGACAACGAUGAACCUGCGAAUUAUGAGGAAGCGAUGAUGAGCCCAGACUCCGAAAAAUGGUUAGAAGCCAUGAAAUCCAAAAUGGGAUCCAUGUAUGAAAACCAAGUAUGGACUUUGGUAGACUUACCGAAUGACCGAAAGGCCGUUGAGAACAAAUGGAUUUUCAAGAAGAAAACAGAUGCUGAUGGAAAUGUUACCGUCUAUAAAGCUCGACUUGUGAUCAAAGGGUUUGGAUUUGUCCAAACUCACGGAGAAGCUUGUAUUUACAAGAAAGUGAGUGGGAGCUCUGUAGCAUUUCUAAUACUGUAUGUGGAUGACAUAUUGCUGAUUGGGAAUGAUAUAGAACUUCUUAAAAGUGUUAAAGGCUAUUUGAAUAAAAGUUUUUCAAUGAAAGACCUUGGUGAAGCAGCUUACAUAUUAGGCAUCAAGAUUUAUAGGGAUGACUCUAAGUCUCAAUCCGGAUACGUAUUUAUUUUGAAUGGU